CCGGUACACUGCUCUCCAUUCACCGUAUGCAGAUUGCGGGAGCCGGGAGGUUGGACGAGGGCAGGGCCGUUAGAAUGUGACGUGUCUCGCGACACUCUUAAAAACACUUCUCUUUCCGCGUCUCCACAAACUACCUUCAAGAAGUUCACCUGCGAGUUCAUUCUGCCCCGCCUCCGAGCGAAGUCCAAUCCCGAGCGCACUUCACUACCGGAGCGAGAUGCCUGGAAAUGCAACACCAAAACCGGUUCUGCAAAAGUCCACUAAUGUGGUUUACCAGGCCCAUCAUGUCAGCCGCAGCAAGAGAGGGCAGGUCGUGGGAACCAGAAGAGGUUUCAGAGGAUGUACAGUCUGGCUCACAGGUCUGUCAGGGGCUGGUAAGACAACGGUGGGAUUCGCUUUAGAGGAGUAUCUGGUCUCUCACGCCAUUCCCUGCUACUCUUUGGAUGGUGAUAACAUUCGUCACGGCCUGAAUAAGAACCUCGGCUUUACUUCUGUGGAUCGAGAGGAGAAUAUUCGCCGUAUUGCUGAAGUGGCCAAACUGUUUGCAGAUGCUGGGCUUGUUUGCAUUACAAGUUUCAUCUCACCGUUUACCAAAGACCGUGAGGAGGCCCGGACGAUCCAUGAGAAAGCAGGUUUGCCAUUUUUUGAGGUGUUUGUGAACGCUCCUCUGGAGGUGUGCGAGAGCAGAGAUGUUAAAGGACUCUACAAAAAAGCAAGAGCAGGAGAGAUUAAAGGCUUCACCGGUAUAGAUUCUGAGUAUGAGUGUCCAGAUGCUCCUAAGCUGAUUCUGAAGACCGGAGAGCUCACAGUGAACGAAUGCAUUCAGCAGUUGGUAGACCUUUUGAAGGAGCAGAGCAUCGUUCCCAGUGGAGUUGUAGAGGAGAUUAAUGAACUCUUUGUGCCUGAAAACAACCUCAAGGUGGCACAGACAGACGCCAGCACCCUGCCCUCUAUCAGCAUCACCAAGUUGGACUUACAAUGGGUGCAGGUGUUGGCUGAAGGAUGGGCUAGUCCUCUGAAGGGCUUCAUGAGGGAGAGAGAAUACCUACAAGUCAUUCACUUCAACACCCUACUGGAUGGUGGUACCAUCAACCUCUCAGUACCCAUUGUCCUUCCUGUUGCCACGGAGAUUAAAGAACGUCUACAAGGCAGCAUGGCUGUGGCUCUGGAGUACCAGGGAAAACGUGUCGCCAUCUUACGCAACCCAGAGUUCUUUGAGCAUCGAAAAGAAGAGCGAUGUGCUCGCCAAUGGGGGAUAACCUGCCCCAAACACCCUUAUAUAAAGAUGGUUUUGGAAAGCGGUGAUUGGCUGGCAGGAGGUGAGCUAGAGGUAUUGGAGCGAAUCAGAUGGAAUGAUGGGCUGGAUCAGUACCGUCUCACUCCACAGGAGCUGAAGCAGAAAUUUAAAGAGAUGAAAGCAGAUGCAGUGUUUGCUUUUCAGCUCAGGAACCCGGUGCACAAUGGCCAUGCCCUGCUUAUGACUGACACGCGUCGACGAUUGGAGGAACGUGGGUAUCGAAGGCCAGUGCUACUUUUGCAUCCUUUGGGUGGCUGGACCAAAGAUGAUGACGUGCCUCUGGAUUGGAGGAUGAAACAACAUGCAGCCGUGCUGGAGGAUGGCAUUCUAGACCCACAAUCCACCAUUGUGGCCAUCUUUCCCUCCCCUAUGAUGUACGCUGGGCCUACAGAGGUCCAGUGGCACUGCCGUGCAAGGAUGGUAUCAGGUUCUAAUUUCUACAUUGUGGGUCGUGAUCCUGCUGGGAUGCCCCACCCAGAGUCAAGACAGGACCUGUAUGAUCCAUCUCAUGGAGGUAAAGUUCUGUCCAUGUCCCCUGGACUCACCUCUGUGGAAAUUAUCCCCUUCAGAGUGGCUGCAUACAAUAAGACCAAGAAGGCUAUGGACUUCUAUGACAAAGACAGACAUGCUGAUUUUGAGUUCAUCUCUGGGACCAAGAUGCGCAAACUGGCCCGCAGUGGAGAGAAUCCUCCAGAUGGCUUCAUGGCCCCUAAAGCCUGGAAGGUCCUCACAGAGUAUUACACUUCUCUACAGAAAGAUGAGUGAUGACACAUACAAGAAGUUCCAACAAACAGAAAACCUCAGAUCACAGUGCACAUGGUCCACAUUGAGAAUGACUCAGCACAAUAAACUACAUCGAGGCAUUGAAAAAUUAAGGCAUAUACUUACAACAAGCUGGUAGCAAAGGUGGUCAAGAUUUCCUGUGAAGAAUUAUUUUACUACAGAAUUGUUUUUAACUGGAAAUAUGAACAUGUUUUUUCAACUGUGACAUUUAAACUGAUGUGCCUUGAUUAACAGAUUGUCAAUCCCAAAGAGAUUAUGAGAUCUUGUUCUUAAAUUGUAUUUAGAAACAUGUCUUGUAAGCUUUAGAAAGCACUUAAAAGAAAAAGUACAUCAAUUGUAAUCUAAAUGAAGCAAGUACUCUACUGUUAAAAAGUUUGGGGUCGAUAAGAUUUUUACAUGUAAAUGUAAUUUA